AUUUCCACCUCCAAGUCCAAGGGUCCAUGUGGCAGGCAGGCUGACUGGUCCUAGGGACUCCAGAGGGACACCAGGUGGGUGGGGAGCAUGAGCUUUGAAGAGCUGCUGGGCAAGGUGGGCGGCUUUGGGCCCUUCCAACUACGGAAUCUGGCCCUGCUGGCCCUGCCCCGGGUGCUGCUCCCUAUGCAUUUUCUCCUGCCCAUCUUCAUGGCUGCUGUGCCUGCCCACCAUUGUGCUCUGCCUGGUGCCCCUGCUAACCUCAGUCACCAGGACUUGUGGCUGGAAGCCCACCUACCCCGGGAGGCUGACGGCAGCUUUAGCUCCUGUCUCCGCUUUGCCUAUCCCCAGGCUCCCCGAAAUGUCACCUUGGGGACAGAGGUGUACAACUCUGGGGAGUCUGCAGGUGAACCCCUCACGGUGCCCUGCUCUCAGGGCUGGGAGUACGACCGCUCAGAAUUCUCCUCCACCAUUGCAACUGAGUGGGAUCUGGUAUGUCAGCAGAGAGGCCUGAACAAAAUUACCUCCACCUGCUUCUUCAUCGGUGUGCUGGUGGGGGCUCUGGUGUAUGGACACUUGUCUGACAGGUUUGGCCGGCGCCGGCUUCUGCUGGUGGCCUAUGGGAGCUCCCUGGUGCUGGGCCUGGCGUCUGCUGCCUCGGUCAACUAUGUCAUGUUUGUCAUCACCCGCACGCUCACUGGCUCAGCCCUGGCUGGUUUCACCAUCAUUGUGCUACCACUGGAGUUGGAAUGGCUGGAUGUGGAGCACCGGACUGUGGCUGGGGUCAUCAGCACCAUCUUCUGGACAGGAGGUGUGCUUCUGCUGAACCUGGUCGGGUACCUGAUACGGAGCUGGCGGUGGCUUCUACUAGCUGCCACCCUGCCAUGUGUCCCAGGCAUCGUCAGCAUCUGGUGGGUACCUGAGUCUGCACGGUGGCUUCUAACCCAGGGUCGUGUGGAGGAGGCAAAAAAGUACUUGUUUGCCUGUGCCAAGCUCAAUGGGAGGCCUGUGGGUGAGGACAGCCUGAGCCAGGAGGAUCUGAACAAAGUGAUCACCAUGGAAAGGGUGUUGCAAAAACCCUCAUACUUAGACCUGUUCCGGACAUCGCAGCUCCGACAUAUCUCACUGUGCUGUGUGGUGAUGUGGUUUGGAGUGAACUUUUCCUACUAUGGCUUAACUCUGGACGUGUCCAGUCUGGGGCUGAACGUGUACCAGACGCAGCUGCUGUUCGGGGCUGUGGAGCUGCCCUCCAAAAUUUCCGUCUACUUCCUUGUGCGUCACGUGGGACGCCGUCUCACGGAGGCUGGAAUGCUGCUGUGUGCUGCUCUGACCUUUGGCAUCAGCCUGCUGGUAUCCUCAGAUAACAAGUCCUGGAUCACUGCUCUGUUGGUGAUGGGGAAAGCUUUUUCUGAAGCUGCCUUCACUACAGCCUACCUGUUCACGUCCGAGUUGUACCCUACUGUGCUCAGACAGACAGGAUUGGGACUCACUGCACUUAUGGGCCGGCUAGGAGCCUCUCUGGCCCCACUGGCAUCCUUGCUGGACAGAGUAUGGCUGUUGCUGCCCAAACUUACUUAUGGGGGGAUGGCCCUGCUGGCUGCCUGCACUGCACUCCUGCUGCCUGAGACGAAGACGGCACAGCUGCCAGAGACCAUCCAGGAUGUGGAAAGAAAGAGGAGGAAGAUACACAGGUCCAGCACUGAGUUGGACUAGGGCCAGCUCACAUAGGAGCUGGAAACAGAAGGCAAGCUUUUGUGACUGGGACAUCAAAUUCCUCUGCCUAAGGAUGGAGCUGCUACUGGUACCGGCUGCCUGUGUUCAUCCAGACUCAACAGGAUAGCCUCCUGCAGCACUGGGCUGCUGGGGGUUCUGGGCACCCCUCUCAAAGUGGGAGGCUCCUGUAAAUAAAGAUAGAUGCUCCUGGGUUGGGGCAGCAGUGAGAUUGGGGAAAUCCUUAGAUGGGAGCCAUUGACUUGAUCCUCAGCUCUGAUUCCAGCUCUGCCACUGU